AUGGAUCCAGCGAAGAUUAACGCAAUGGUAAAAUGGCCUAUACCAAGGACUGCUCAAGAUGCUAGAAGAUUUAUUGGUUUGGCAGGCUCUUAUAGACGGUUUGUGAAGGAUUUUAGUGCGAUUGCUCGACUUAUUCACAAGUUAUUGCUGGAAAAUCGGAAUGGUUACGAGAUCAACAGGUUGCUUUCCAAGAACUAA